AUGGCAUCACCAUUCCCGGUCACGUUACCGGAGUCUUCCACAAGAAGAAUUUCCAGCAGAGAUAUCCUGAUCAAAACAACAAGACCAUCAGAAGAUACACCUGCUUCAGAAAGACCAAUCAUUUUACCCGAACCUGGAAAGAAGAAUGUUUUAAUCACUUCAGCUUUACCUUAUGUCAAUAAUGUGCCACAUUUGGGAAAUAUUGUAGGAUCAACUUUGAGUGCUGAUUGUUAUGCAAGAUAUUCACGUUCUCGAGGUCGCAACACAGUCUAUGUUUGUGGUACAGAUGAGUAUGGAACAGCAUCAGAAACGCAAGCAUUGAAGGAAGGUGUUACGCCGCAACAAUUGGUAGACAAAUAUCACACUCUUCAUGCUCAAGUAUAUAAAUGGUUCAAAAUCGGUUUUGAUCAUUUCGGUCGCACAACAACUCCUGCCCAAACAAAGAUUUGUCAAGAGAUCUUUUUGGAUUUAUACAAUAAUGGAUUUAUGGAAGAACGAGAUGUGCGUCAACUAUGGUGUCCAAAAGACGAACGUUUCUUGGCAGACCGAUAUGUAGAAGGUAUAUGUCCAAAGUGCGGUUAUGAUGAUGCACGUGGAGAUCAAUGCGAUAAAUGCGGUCAAUUGCUAGACGCUGUUGAUCUCAUUCAACCCCGUUGCAAAACCUGCAAUUCUACACCAGUCCAAAAGGAUUCCACACAUAUGUUCUUGCGUAUCGACUCGUUACAAAAAGAGACAGAAGAUUGGGCAAGGGAUGCAGCUACACGUGGAGGAUGGAGUGCUAAUUCUAGACACAUCACUGAGAGUUGGUUCAAGGAAGGUUUACGUCCUUUCAGUCUUUCGCGUGAUCUUAAAUGGGGUGUUCCAGUGCCACUGAAAGGCUUCGAAAAGAAGGUGUUGUAUGUGUGGUUCGAUGCUCCGAUCGGAUAUCCUUCCAUCACAGCAAAUUACACGAGCGAGUGGGAGAAAUGGUGGAGAGAUCCAGAGAACGUAAGACUUUUCCAAUUCAUGGGAAAGGAUAACGUCAGAUUCCACACUGUCAUUUUCCCUUCAUGCUUGAUUGGUACAAGAAAGACUUGGACGAAGCUGCACCACAUCAACACAACUGACUACCUUCAGUAUGAAUCAGGCAAAUUCUCAAAGUCUCGAAAUAUUGGUGUGUUCGGUGACAAAGCUGGCUCGAUUGGCGUUCCGCCAGAUGUUUGGCGAUUCUACCUUUUGGUCAACAGACCCGAGACUGGUGAUUCGCUUUUCAGCUGGAGUGACUUUAUCGCAAGAAACAACAAUGAGCUGUUGAGCAAUCUGGGAAACUUUGUCAACAGAACACUAAAAUUCUUGGCUGCCAAAUAUGAUUCUACGCUACCGUCUAUUCCGGAAGGAAAAGGAUUGCAAGCUGGACCAGCACCUUUGGCGGUAAACAAGGAUGCCACAGAUCCGAUCUCAACGUUCAUCCGAGAUGUCAAUGACCUUUUGGCAAAUUAUGCCACAGCUAUGGAUGCCGUUAAGCUUCGUCUUGGUUUGCUAACGGCCAUGCAAAUUAGUCAGAGAGGUAAUGUCUUUUUGUCUGAAGUACGUCUGGACAAUGCACUUUUCAACGACAAAAAGGCAGAUUGUGAUGCAGCCAUGCUUUUGGCCGUCAAUUUGAUUUACGUUUUGUCGUCGGUCUUCCAUCCUUUCAUGCCCGAUACCACUGAUUCGAUUUGUCAACAACUUGACGCAAAUCCACGUCUGUUACCCGUCGAAGAUCCAUCAUUUGCAUUGGAUCUCUUACCUGGACACAAGAUCAACAAGCCUGCCCAUCUGUUCAGUCGUAUUGACGAAAAGAAGGAAAAUGAAUGGCGUCAAAUGUUUGGUGGAGAACAAGAUGCAAAAGCUGCUGCUGGUGCAGAUGCAAAGCCGGCUAUCAGCAAGAAGCAAGCAGCCAAACAGGCCAAAGCAGCAAAAAAGGCAGCUGAACCUAAAGUGAAGAACCCAACUCCCGAAUACAUUGCUUUGGAAGAGCAGGUAAAGCAACAAGGAGAUGUGGUAAAGAAGUUGAAAGAAGAAGCAAAGAAAGCUGGUGGAAAUGCAAACAACUCUGCAGAAGUCGAUACAGAGGUUAGCAAAUUGUUGAAACUCAAAGAGCAAAUGUCAGAUCUGGGCGAUCAACUUGCUGCGCUGGAAAUCAAAGAAGAAACUAAAGCAUAG